AAAGAACCGAACUUCCCUUCGCCAGCCUCCGCACGGCGUACGCUCGGUUUCGGCCUUUUUUAUUUUUUAUGUAGUUUUUAGGUCGAAGGAGGACAUCGUUUCUUUUUGUACAUCUCGCUUCCGCGUACGAAAGACAUUUUCCUAACAAACGGCGUUACAAAUAAUCAACUGAUCACGAGGUUUGUCUAAUCCACGCCCAGCCAUCUGCCCCCAGUCUGUGUCAUACUGUCUGAAUUAUACAUAUCAGUGUCAGUUUUACUGGCCAGGUGAGCUUCACAGGUGUUGUCGUCUCCGAGAUGGCGAUGGUAAAGAGCGGUUGGCUCCAUCGACAAAGCACCAUACUGCGUCGGUGGAAGAGAAACUGGUUCGACCUGUGGGCCGACGGACGCCUCGUGUUCUACAACGAUCAACAGCGGCGUGACAUGGAGGACGAGAUCCACAUGAGAGUGGACUGCAUCAACAUCCGCAACUCUGCCACGUGUCAAGAGCUGAACCCACCGGAGGGAAAGAUGCGCGAUGCCUUGCUCCAGAUAGUGUGCAGAGAUGGACGGGUGGUCAGCCUGUGUGCCGACAGCGCAGACGACGCUCUGGCGUGGACCAUGGCACUUCAGGAUGCCAGAAUUAACACGGUGGUUGCAACUCCUCAGAUCGGCUUUGGACAGGAAGUGAUGGCAUCUGCUCCUCCACCCUACUCAGAAUAUGCCUCCCCACCUCAGGUUUAUGCUCCGGGUCCGUAUGGAGAAUAUGUUGCACCUCCACCGCAUGCUACACAGAUCGUAUACGCUGCUGAUGGGCAGCCGUACGCUGUAGCUUAUCCGUACCAGUACCAAGGUGGAUACGCCGCUCCCGGAGUGAACCACGUCGUCAUCCGUGAACGCCAUCGUGACGACGGAGGAGACGUGGCUUUGGGCAUGCUCGCUGGAGCGGCAACCGGUCUGGCGCUCGGCUCUCUCUUCUCCGUCUUCUAGUGUCCUAAUUUAAUUAACACUAAUCUAAUAGCACACAGUCCUCCCCCCCUAUACUGUAUCUGCAGCGUUUGGCUUCUUCUCUGUGCCAUCACAGGAGCUGGAGUAAAAAUGUAUCUGUCGGGCUACUUCCAUCUAUGAAGCAUGAUUGUGAUGGGCAGCGAGUUACUCCGUAUGUGUCCAAUAUAUACAGUAAAUACUGGUAGCACUUUCUCAUACGCCCUGCCCUGUGUGGCAGUUUCCCAAAGCCCUUUGUGUUGUGAAUGAGUGUAUAACCAAAAUAUACAUCACCUACUCACUUUUAAGAGUUAUUUAGACCACAGACUCCUUACAUGUGCACUUCAGGUGUUCUCAAGUUUCUGUUUCAUGGAGCACAUUUGUCCUCUAUAUUUGCAGAAUGAUCUUAAAAGCCAUGAAUUCUGUUUGUUUUUUUUUUUUUUACAGGUUUUGUCUUCACCUCUCUGCGUACUGUACCUUUACUUUGUGUUACAUUAUAUAUUAUAUUACUGAUUUUGUUUGUGAUAUUAAUGCAGCGUUUCUUCAGCUCCUCAGGUUAUUUGUGGUGGAGGCAGACGUGUAUAGAAGAGUGCACACUAGGGAUGCAGCGGAUAUAGAUUCUGACGGUACGAUUCCAGUCUGAGGGGGAAAAUCCUGGUUUUAAUUUAUUUCACACGCUAUACAAAAUCAAAUUUUCCGGUUGUUUUUUUGCAAUGAAAAUUGGGAACAUGUCAUAUGCAGGUUUUUUGUUCUAGAGCAGUGUUUCUCAAACUUUUUACACAACGUACCACCUCAGAAAAGCAGCACCAUAUUAAAAUACAGCAACGUAGAACCGCCGAACCUUUUCAGCUACAGACAUGUUCAUGCAGGAGGCAGGUUUAUUUCAAAUACCAAGAUUAUUUAGUGUCGAAUCAUGAACAAAUCUGAUUCAAGAACCAACUAACUAAUCAUGGAUCAAUGCCCUCUACGUGCAUAAACGUCCGCCACAGGCUGAUAUGGAGUGAGAUGAUUUACUUUAAUUCAAAGUGUGGUCAUAUUUUGAUAUUAGAUGUUGUUAAAUUUAAAGUUAAAGUUUGAGAAUCAGUGUCCUAGAGCUGAUUACAUGCUGUUACAUGCAGAUUUAUAAACGGCGCUGUGCUCCUUUUCCUGCUUUGCUGCCGUCGCUUUAAUAAGUGGCAGAAAUACUCGUCGUAGCUGAACCUUUAAGAUCGCUGCAUCCCCAGUUUGCGCACACACACACACAAAGCAAUAAUCAAUUACAUUGUAGCAUUUCGAGGUACCCAUUUGAUGGGAUCUAGUCGGGACUGAUGUCGUCACCACAAAUAAGUGCACGUAAGAGGAAACGCUGGCAUUUAUCUGAUGUGCUUUGAAGUGAAAAGGGAUGUCACUCCUCCUCCUUAUGCUCAUAUAUCCACACGCAUUAUUUAUGGCCA